GGAGGAAAGCGCCUUGAGGGCGAGGGGGAGGAGGAGGAGGAGCUCUCGCCUUGCCCCCUUGGCUUGGACCCUUCCUUGGGACGGAGACGGAGGAGUCGGGGCGGCAGGCAUGGGAGCAACGGGGCGGCCCGGCCAUUGGCCCCUGGCCCUGCUCCUCACCGCCGCUUCCCUGCUGGCCCUCCACGGGCAGGAGCUGGACCCUUUCCCCGUGGCUUUCUCCGCCGAGAACUGUGUAUGCAAGGGCAAAAACCACUGCUAUUGCGAUGGAACAAAAGGCAGUAAGGGUGAAAAAGGCUUUCCUGGUUAUCCUGGCCAAUCUGGUCAGAUGGGAUUUCCUGGUCCAGAAGGUCCUCCUGGGUUGCAAGGACCCAAGGGAUUUCCAGGGCCAGUAGGCAUUCCUGGGCCUAAAGGUUCAAGGGGUUUACCAGGAGUCCCUGGUUAUUCAGGGCCCCCAGGCCUACCAGGUAAUCCAGGAAAUGCUGGCCCUCCAGGACGUUUAGGUAUACCAGGGUGCAAUGGGACAAAGGGUGAGCAAGGAUUUCCAGGGUUUCCAGGGCAAGAGGGUUUACCAGGAUUACCCGGUCCUAAAGGUACCAAAGGAUUAAAAGGGUACUCUGCAACUGCAUAUGACCGGGGUUAUAGUUCCCAAGGUGAACCUGGAAUGCCAGGGGGACCUGGAUUCCCAGGAGAAUCAGGACCUCAAGGGGUACCAGGACUGCUUGGUCCAGAAGGCCCUCCAGGAUUUCCAGGCUCGCCAGGAAUCCCAGGAGUCCCAGGUCCCAAGGGUCUCAUGGGUGUUAAAGUCAUUGGCGCGAAAGGAAUGAAGGGUGACCUUGGACUAAUAGGCCCUCCUGGACCAACAGGAACAGUUAUUGUGACACUAACCCGAGCAGAUAAUACAACGGAAUUAAAAGGAGACAAAGGAGACAUGGGUUCUCCAGGACCUCCUGGACCUCAAGGAGCAUCAGGCUUGCCCGGUGAUUUUCAAAGCAUAAGAGGAGAGUCAGGGGAACCAGGACCUCAGGGUAGGCCUGGAAGAGAUGGCCUUUCUGGUCCUCCUGGCUUACAGGGAGAAAAAGGAGAGCUGGGUCUCCCAGGAUUGCCUGGAAAUGAUGGCCUCAAGGGGAGAAAAGGUGAUCCUGGUCGGCAAGGAAUUCAGGGUCUAAUAGAGUAUUACGAUGAAAUGCCUGGUGAAAAAGGAAAUAAGGGCUACUUAGGACUGCCAGGACUUAAAGGCCAGCUUGGAGCACCUGGACUACCGGGUCCCACUGGUGCCAUUGGUAGGCCAGGUAUUUCGAGACCUGGGCCAAGAGGUUUAUCAGGCUCACCAGGUCCCAGAGGAAGAAAGGGAGACAGAGGACAACCUGGCAUGAAUGCUAUUGGACCACCUGGACCUCCUGGAAUGCCAGGACUGCCUGGCCCAGCAGGAUCUCCAGGUCUUUCAGGACAACCUGGUAUAAUAACUUUUGAAAGAGGCCCAGAAGGAACUGCAGGAAUCCAGGGAUGCAUGGGUCCUCCUGGCCUUUCUGGAGAUAAUGGAGAAAAAGGUGAACAAGCAGGUCCAUGUAACCAAUGUACCUAUACUACGGGAGCACCUGGCCUUCCUGGUCCUCCUGGGGCAGAGGGUCUGCAAGGAGUUAAAGGUGUAGUAGGACUGUUUGGACCUAAAGGAUCCCAAGGGUCGCCUGGGCAGCGGGGGCCUCCUGGAGUUCAAGGACUUCCAGGUAUUCAAGGAAACCAAGGUCGUAAGGGGUCAAAAGGUGUCCCGGCCUAUGUGAAUCCAGAAGGUCCAAGAGGAGACAGAGGAGAAGCAGGUCUCAGAGGAACUUCUGGAGAAAAGGGGGUGGAUGGCUUACCAGGAGAGCCUGGACUGAAAGGCACAAGAGGUCCUGUAGGAGCACAGGGAUCUGAUGGUCCAAAAGGAGACAGAGGUCCACAGGGAUCACCUGGUAGCCCAGGUCUUCCUGGAGAAGUAGGGCUACCUGGGCCACCAGGAUAUGGACCACAAGGAUUGAAAGGCAUUCAAGGCUCUCAAGGAGAUCCUGGGCCAUCUGGGUUGCUUGGAACAAGUGGUCCUAAAGGUGAGCCUGGCAUGGUGAUUGCAAUCCCUGGAGUACCUGGGCUUCAAGGUCCAGGUGGCAGACCUGGUCUACAAGGCGUAACAGGUAGUGUUGGAUCCAGAGGGCAGCGUGGUGAUCCAGGCCUACCAGGACCAGACGGUGAUCCAGGCUUAGUACAGAUUGGAUUUCCUGGCUAUCCUGGUUUGAAAGGAGACAAAGGUCCUCAAGGGUCUACAGGACUACCAGGCUGUCCAGGAACAUUAGGAGAACCAGGCUUGCCUGGAAGACCUGGAAUUCCAGGAGAAAAGGGUGAGCCAGGUCCAGUUAUUCCUGGAGCUCAGGGCAGACUGGGUUCACCAGGUGAAGAGGGCAUGCCAGGUGAGAAAGGUGAAAGAGGAUUCCCAGGUCUCCAAGGACCUCCAGGUCAACAAGGUCAAGAUGGUGUUCGUGGUCCAAGAGGAGACCCUGGAUCUCCCGGAGUUCCAGGAGAAAAAGGUGUUCCAGGCAAAAUGGGUGACUGUCUUGUUGGCUUACCAGGACCACCAGGUCCAUGUGGAGUAGUAGGUCCACCAGGAGGCCGAGGAGCAAUAGGAGCCAAAGGAGACCCAGGAAUCCCAGGAUUAGACAUCCCAGGGUUCCCAGGACAAUUUGGGCUGCCUGGAAUCCCUGGCGCACAAGGAAAUGACGGUACACCUGGCAAUAAGGGGCAGCCUGGCAGACCAGGAGUGCCAGGUAUACCAGGUCCAAGAGGAGAAUUGGGCCUGAUGGGUCCUGUAGGUAAUCCUGGAUUACCUGGUGUUCUUGGAAAUCCGGGUAUCCCUGGAAUAAGGGGAUCUCCUGGCCUUCCAGGACUAAAAGGAAGAAAGGGAUCUUCAGGGGAGAAAGGUGAGCCAGGGGAUAAAGGCCUUCCUGGAAUAUCAGAGUCCAUCAUGCAUUCCGGAGAUAAAGGAGACAUGGGAUCUAAAGGAUUUCCAGGAAGAAUGGGACUCAGAGGAGAAAAAGGAGAACAAGGUGCACAAGGAUGUGCAGGUCUUAAUGGCAUACCAGGAACACCAGGACCAACAGGUCUCAAAGGGGAGAAAGGACUUCCAGGAGUCCUUGGCAGACCAGGGUUACCAGGACCCCCAGGAGACAGAGGAGACAUGGGAGUGCCAGGUACAAAAGGUGAGCGAGGUUCUCCAGGUUUGCCUGGAUCAUCAGGUACACCAGGGUCACCUGGCAUUCCCGGAAUACCAGGGGAUAAAGGAGAAGCAGCCCGUCCUGGAAUUGGACCCUUAGGAAACCCAGGGCCCAAGGGUGAUGCUGGUCCACCAGGAGAAAGGGGACGGAAAGGGGAAAGAGGAUCACCAGGUCAGCCAGGACUGAUAGGAGAACCUGGACGACAGGGAAACAGAGGAGAUGCUGGUUUACCAGGAAUUCCAGGGUUUCCAGGACCUGCAGGCGAUAAUGGUCAUAAAGGUAGCAAAGGAUUGCCAGGACAAAAUGGCAUCAGAGGCUUCCCAGGUCCAAGUGGGUUACCUGGUGAUGAUGGACUAAUUGGUGAAAAGGGUAAUCAAGGACGCGAUGGUAUUCCUGGCCGCCCUGGAGAAAAGGGAGAACAAGGUUCUCCAGGUCAAAUAAUCCCUGGUCUCCCAGGCAUUCCUGGUGUGAAAGGCAUCAAAGGCAAUAUGGGGAUGGCUGGUUUUCCAGGACGUCCAGGUGCUAAAGGUCUCAGAGGGGAUCCAGGACCGAGUGGACCUCCUGGUAUACCUGGACCAACAGGCCCUUCUGGGGAACCAGGCAUGACAGUUGCUGGCCCAAAAGGAAAUAGAGGCCUGCCAGGUCUGGAUGGAAAGCCAGGUGUUCCAGGUAUCCCAGGACCCACUGGAUUCCCUACCUACAGUAUUAAAGGAAGCAAAGGUGUUCGAGGAACAGAUGGCUUACCUGGUCCACCAGGACCUAGAGGUGAUGCUGGACUACCUGGUCCACCAGGAACUGAAGGUAUACCUGGUUAUCCAGGUCCCAGAGGUGAUUCUGGUUUCCCAGGAUUUCCAGGCAUAAAAGGAGAGAAGGGUAAUCGUGGACCACCGGGGCCACCGGGCAUGGCAGGACAUGGCGGUCCAAAGGGACUACCUGGUCAGCCUGGACCAGCUGGGAAAGCGGUCUCUUUCCCAGGAGAUCCAGGGCCACCUGGGCCACCAGGCAUCCCAGGAAGUAUAGGAGACCCAGGGCCUAGAGGACCACUUGGGCUGCCAGGGCCUCCAGGUAUAAAGGGCCAACCAGGUCGUCCCGGAAUUCCAGGUGUGCGUGGGCCACCUGGACUAAAAGGAGAUAAGGGAUUUCAAGGCCAAAAAGGAUUGCCAGGAUUGCUUGGGUUUCCGGGAAUACAGGGGCUCCCUGGAUUCCCAGGGACUUCCUUACCAGGUCCACCAAAAAGGGGCUUCAUGUUUUCUCGCCACAGUCAGACAACAAAGAUCCCUUCAUGUCCAUCUGGAACAGUCCAGAUCUACAGUGGAUACUCUCUUCUUUUUGUACAAGGGAAUGAACAGUCGCAUGGACAAGACCUUGGUACAGUUGGUAGCUGUCUUCAAAGAUUUACCACCAUGCCUUUUUUAGUAUGUAAUCCCAAUAAUAUUUGUAGAUUUGCUUCUCGCAAUGACUAUUCAUACUGGCUGUCAACAGCAGAGCCAAUGCCUUUAGAUAUGAAGCCUAUUUCUGGAAAAGCCUUGGAACCCUAUAUUAGCAGGUGCAUUGUCUGUGAAGGCCCUGCAAUGGUCAUCGCAGUCCAUAGUCAAACAACUUCCGUUCCACCGUGUCCCCAAGGAUGGCAGUCUCUGUGGAAAGGAUUUUCUUUUGUUAUGUACACAGGUGCAGGCUCAGAAGCUUCUGGACAAGCUCUGGCAUCUCCGGGGUCAUGCUUAGAAAACUUUUAUGCCAUUCCAUUUAUUGAAUGUCAUGGACGUGGGACAUGCAGUUAUUACUCAAACUCCUACAGCUUCUGGCUAGCCUCGCUGAACAAAAGAAGAAUGUUCAGGAAACCAUUAUCGCAGACUCUGAAAGCUGGAGAACUGGAAAAAAUAAUCAGUCGCUGUCAAGUUUGCAUGAGGAAAUCCAAUUGAAGAAAUGAGAACUAAACUCAUUUUGUGGCACAACAGAGAACUAAACUAAACCAAAAAGAUUUUAUGAACUUGUAGUAAUGUGACUAAAACUGAACCUUAUUAGUACCAUGAACUUGAAAAUACCAAUGCUGUACUAUAAUGAAAUAGUGCAAUAUUUUGACUUUUUUUGUUUCUGGUAAAUUGCAAAGCACUUUCUUGAAAUAAGUUGUUUGUAUUUGCUGUAUUAUAUGGUUGUCAUAUUUUGAACUCUGCCAAUUCUGGGUCCAUGGAAAUUGUGUAUUACAAUGUCACCAGGUUUUAUGUGCAAGGACUAAAGCCCUAUCUGCGAUCUUGUAAAAAUGGAGUAAACAGGGUAGUGUUCGUUUACGUAAGUGUCGUAACAGUGGGUAUUAUUUAAGGUGAAGCAUUGCCACUUACAACAAACCAAGCUUAGCAAAAAAGUUUUGUGAAGUGUUUUGGAAUUUCACCAAAUGUAUUAUCUCUUUACAAGUCAACUCUUCCAUUCAUUAAGACAGGGGAACUAUAGCACUAUUAACUCACUGUAAUAUUGAUACUACUUGUGUGGUUGGAAAGGGAACUUGCUACAUGAAUUGGUAUAUUGGCUACCUUCUAAAGACAACAGAGAUAUGCUUGUCUGUUACUCGCUCUUACUAAUUGCAAUGUGCCUCUGAUCAAUUAUUACUGACCUAUUGAUGUAAAAGUCAAAUCAUGAGAGCUGUGAUAGUUUUACUCCGCUCCCCAGAUUCAAACCACCAACCUUUUGGUCAGCAAGUUCAGCAGCUCAGUGGUUUAACCCACUGCACCACCAGGGCAGCUUGCAAAUACAUUUAAAGUAUUUCAAUUUAAAAUGUACAAAUAUACAAUCCUUAAAAUAGAAUGAAAUAUCAUUGGUAUUUUUAAAAUUCAGUUAAAAACCAUAAAAACAUAUUUAAACUAAAAGCCACAGCCCCCUCUGACUUGAUCUUAAAAACCUUCUGUCUGAAUAAAAAGGUUUUGCCCUGCAUAGAGUUGGAAGGGAUCAUAAGGAUAAUCCAGUUCAUUACCCUGCUAUGCAGAAACACACAAUAAAAGCACCCCUGGCAGAUGGCCAUCCAGCCUAUGCUUAAAAACCUCCAGGAAAAGAGAUCCUACCACAUUCCCAGGCAGCAUAUUCCACUUUCAAAUAGCUCCUCCUACCAUCAGGAAGUUGGGAACCACUGAUCUAAGCUCUGUCUAUCCAGAGAGCUGGUGCAAAACAGACUACAUGUUUCUAAAUAGUCUCUUUUAGGAGAAAUCAAGUACAAGUCAACUCCAAGUAAACAAGUGAUGGAAAAGAUUUGGGUUUCUUUCAGAUUGCAAACUAAUUUAACAGGUCGUCAAUUUAGUAACAAAUACCACUGAGAUAGCAAGAUCUUUUUUCUCAUAACUCUGAAGAUUUUUCAUAAUCCACGAUAUCAUAAAUGUGCAUCGAAUGUAGAUAGAAUCUAAAGCAAGUUACUUUUUCUAUUGCAGAAAAUAAUGUUCCUUUUCAGUUCUGUUCUAUCAUGUAAGAUUUACACUUUUAAAGUUAUGUUUGAAGAUAUCAAAUGAAUUUCAUGAUAAUCCAUCCAGUGAAAUCCAAUCACUUAAACUGAGUAUUUGCCAAGUAGCUUCAAGUGGUAUCUGGAAAAGAUUUAUAUACUGAGCAUUCAGUUUAAAUGUACUGAUUGUAUAUUCCUCUGCUUCAUUAUUCUGAAAUAAAUUUACCUGUGACUUGGUCAUUGUUUUCAGAAUUGGAGCCUUAGGUACAUUGAAUUGAUCAGAAAAGGAGAUUUCUGGUGAUGUAAAAAAAAUUACUUUGGUAUGAUUCCUAUUGAACUUGAUGUCAUAAUCUAAUGAAAAUUCAUGCAUAUCCCCCUUGGAGCCCUAGUCACAGCUAGAUCAGGGCCAUUAUUAUUAUUGCUGUUAUUGUUGUUAUUUAUGUGUAGCUCUGAAUGUUUUAUAUUUAUAAUAUUGCACUUGAAAGAUUAUGGAAAAUAAUUAUUAAAGUUGACAGUAAGGAUGGCCACUAUUUUUUAUACUUCCACAAUUGUAAGAUUCAGCCAUUAUCUCAAAUUUCAUUAACUUGCAGACUUAUAUAAGCAUAUAAUUCUAAGACAGGAUACACAGUGCAGUUCUAUGCAUACUUACUCAGAAAGAAAUCCCACUAUGCUCAGAAGGAUUUAAUUCCUUGUAAGUGUGAUUAGGAUAGCCUUAGUGAUCUACUUAAGUAUCAUGUCCCUCAUUCAUGUGUUUUGUUUUGUUUUCCUUUUAAUAUUUCCAAUAUCAAGGUUAGCCUUUACAGUUCAAUUAUAUGUAUAUUAUUUAUUCAGAAGUAAAUUUAUCUGAGUGCUGUGGGUCUUGCUCCCAAGGAUGUGUGCACAGGAUUGCACCUACAGUGAUAACAACAUUGCAAAUCCAUUCUAAUUGUAAGAUCUGCUGUGCUUUACACUAGGAUCGUCAACCACACAAUCACUGCAAUAUCACAAAGCAUUAUGUUACCUUAUAGUACAGGACUGUUGUUUGAACUUGAACCAGAUACAUCAAUGCAAAUGUUUUGGGCUUCCACAGUAAAUAAAAUGCUCCCUGAAAUAAA